CUCUUUGUCUUCUUCUCGGCUAUAUGAAAGAAGAUAAUGAGGCAUGGUUAUACCCGACGCCGCUGUCUAAUGUUUGCUACAUCGACGCACAAAUAUACUCUAGCCCUUUGACAGAUCUGAUUACGGUGCCGGGCGAGAGCCAACGGCCGUAGUUGCUGUCAGGAGGGAAAAGAGGGCGGCACCACAGCAGCUGAAAUGUGUGUGUGCAAAAAAAGGAGCAGUCGAAAAAACAGAAGGACGACGGAGGAGCGAUGGCAAGCCAAAUCCAAUUUGUUUUCUUUCACGACGAAAUGCAAAUACAACAACAACGAGCAGGAAACGUCGUGUUGCAUCAAGAGAGUGCGUGAAAAUGGAAACCGUCCCGCGCCUUCAUUUUCGUUCGAAUCAAGAAGAAACCAAAGAUGAACUGCUCGUUUCCAUUGGACGAAGUGUGUUUUGCUUCUAUGGCGUUGAAGACAUCGCAGAAAGUAAGAACAGAGGACGAAUGAAAGCGAAAAAAUAAGGGCGAUUUUACUUGGCAUGACGGAUGUUUCAUCAGAGCCAACGUUGGCUGUUUUUUAUUUCAAGAAAAGCAAAACAAAACAGAAAACGAGUAAGGUCUGUAUGUGCAUUAUUUUUAUAGGCUUCAUUAUAUGUUUUGAAAAACAUGGUUGUUCAUCAUUUCUCCGUUCGGUAGGUGUGUUUACUAUGCGUGUCUGUUAGGCACACUGUUACGCGUUGCGAUCUCAUUUUCCUUGGCUUUCUUUCGUUUUCCUUUCGUUUUCCUUCCGUUUUCGGGCUUGUACCGCUGUGUUGCGUAUGACUUUAAUUACAGCCGAAGACUGGCGGAAGUUGCGCCCAUUUAUACGACUAUGCACGUGCCGGCUGGCCUGCGUAUCUAGCUCAUUCUGUUGUUGUACAACUGUGUUUUCGGUAGUUUCCAAACGACCGCAGUGGUGGUUAUAUCUCAAAGAAUGUCAUUGAUGAUUUCGACCUUGCAGGUUGGGCAUGUAUAGUCUUUGGAACAGAUGGGGUGGGGAAAGGCAGAAGAAGAAGAAAAGAAAGGCAGGGAAAAUGUUUUAAGGUUUGACUUGACUGCCCAUGUAGGACGUCGUCAAUCGACCGAACGCUGCCGAAUCGACCGCGGAAUUCGAUAGGCAGCCGAACGAAACACCUUAGAAAAUCAUAGGGAUCUUUUUUUAAUGCGGACAUUACCAAUUCAUUUCGUCGUCUAGCCCGAUAUUGAUCGAAUUUUGUGUUGAUCAACAUUCGUGUGUGAUUUUGCGUGCAAAUUAAGGAACGAACGUGCUGAUUUCGGUUUCUUUGCCUCCUGAAUUCGUAAACCCACCAUCAAUUUCCUUGGACGUUAAUGUAAACUGAUAUUACUCUACGUGUAACGAUCGAGUCGACAUUAGUUAUGGCUCUCGAAUGAAGAUGAAGGAAAGGAAAAGUGGAGCCUUGGGGCGGUUCUGCAUUAUAUCGUGUCCAACUCACGGGCUCUAGUUUAUAAAAAGAAGGAUCUAACUAACAAGUUCUCGCAUUCUCGACCACUCGCUUGUCAUUGAUGAACAUACCGUUUGUCAAGACGCAUUUUUCACAUUUGGAAUUCAAAAGUGGAAUUCUGCAAAACAUCCAGUGCAAACUGCAUUUGUAAGAUGAUGAUCCUACAUCCAUUUGUCACGUUCCUGGCCGUUUUGUUAGUCUCAUGUCGGGCUCAGGAUCGUUCCACGUACUGUCGACUCUCAUCGCAACACACAAUGUGUCGAUUCCAGAAUGACGGGCCGAAAUGCGAUGGAACUGUAUCGACACGUGGCGUGGACCGAAGUAACCGGCAGGUGAUUUUGCAGACGCACAACACGCUGCGAUCGAUCGUGGCGUCCGGUCAAGAGUCACGAGGCCAACCCGGUCCCCAACCGCGAGCUUCCAAUAUGCAAAUGAUGACAUGGGACGACGAACUGGCGACCGUUGCUCAACGCCUCGCCGAGCAAUGUCUGUUUGAACACGACUGCAACGAGUGCCGCAAAGUGGGUCGAUUCCCAGUUGGCCAGAACCUGGCCGUCGAAUGGACGACCGGUCCACCCUUGCCGACCAACUGGAAAAAGCAGGUGACCAGAUGGUACGAGGAAGUCGAAGAGUUUCCAAACACGUCGGCCCGCAAAUUUGAGUUCUCUGUUAUAACGGGUCACUACAGUCAAAUUAUCUGGGCAGAUACAAACCGUGUUGGUUGCGGAUUCACGUCCUUCCGUGACAACGGAACCUUCGAGACUAAUCUCUAUGUCUGUAACUACGGGCCGGCUGGAAAUUUUGUCGGAUUACCCAGCUACAAGGUCGGAGAGCCGUGCUCACAAUGUCCUGCUAAUACUGCCUGCAGCACCCGUUUCCCCAAUUUGUGCGAAUCCACAAAGAAAAAUCCCGAAAGCUCAGUUGAGUCGCCUGCCGAAGAAUUAUCUAAUGAGAUCUUACCCCGCCCCACUGGCAAACCGAUCCGCCCACCAUCGAAAGUGAUGACAUCUAGUGGUUCAGUUGUACAACGACCCCCACAUCCCAUGGCGGCGGCUCCCGUCACGGAACGACCGACGGUGAAUAAGCCAGUUAUAGUCACGCAAUCACCUGUAAUGCAGAAAUCCAUCGUAGCUACGCAAGGACCGAUUAUGAAGCCAACAAGCCCACAAUUAUCAUUACCGGCAUUGGCCAACAACAGGGCCACAGUCCAGAAAGAUUUCGUCUGUCAAGUGGGUAGAGGGGCGUGUCGAGCCGUCUUUAAGGGCACUGCUUGGAGUUUCCGACCGCAACCCUCUUCCGUGAACCAAAUAGGCCAUUUGGAGACGCGUGUGCCAGUGGGCCAGUUGACGGAAUUGCAAAUCAACCAAAGCUUUCCUGCCCCAAUAAAAAAUGCUCACGUUUGCUUGAGCUUUCAAAUGAAACAGAGGGUUGAGAUUGACGAAGACGAAGAAGAAACGUCGUGGGUUAUCCCGCCUUUAUUGAUAAAAAUUCAGCCAGAAAAAAGCCAGUCAGUGGUUGUUCCUAUAUCCAGCGGCGUCGAAAGCAAAUGGAUACAAGUAAAGUUGGCUGCCAGUCGUAUCCGUACACCCUUUAAGCUCCAUUUCCAGCAAACUGGACCUAGGUCGGAGGACAAGCCAGCUUUCUCAUCAAGAACUAACCUUCAGAUGGUAUUAGGAGAACUGCGCAUUUUCAACGGAAAUUGCACACCUUAACACAACAGAAAUACAACAAUGGACGUGAUUCCAAAACGAAACAUAAUGCUGCCUUGUUCAAUAUGUAACACGAUGAAUUAAUUUUUCAGCGGGAGUGUUACAAAAAUGAGAAAUCUUGACAGGAUUAUUUACAUACAUAUAUGGAACUUG